UCCCUGCACAGCACGUCAUACGCAAAUUAAUCCCGUAAGUGCGUCGUAACUCGAUAUGAGAACGCUGAAUAAAAAUUCGUUCUGCAUGUCGAGGUACAGAAGGGGUGAUUUUGUGUUAACUAUACUUCUACUAGUACUAGUUACAAUGUCAGACGUAGUUAACGCCGAUGCAAAGAUGCUUUCCCUAGACUUUGAGAUUUUUGGUCGUGUUCAAGGUGUCUGCUUCAGAAUGUACACUGAGGAGGCAGGCAGGAAGCUGGGAUUGUCUGGCUGGGUUAAGAACACCAGACAAGGGACUGUAGUGGGCCAAGUGCAGGGAGCAGCUGACAAAGUAAACACUAUGAAGAAGUGGCUGAGCACAGUGGGGAGUCCGAGCUCUCGCAUUGACCGGGCUGAUUUCUCCAAUGAGAAGAAGAUCUCCAAACUGGAUUUCAAAGGCUUCUCCACUCGAUUCUGAGGGUGGAUGGGUCUUGAUUCAUUCUCCACAUAAAAUAAAACCUGCAUGAUUGCACGUUAAUGAAUACUUUAGUUAAAAAGUUGUCAAUGAACCAUCUUGGUUAAAAAUGGUUGCUCAUAUUAAUAUAAUAGCUGUAAGACUAUCUCUGUGCAGCAGAUGGGUUGCACUUCAAUAUCAGUACCCAGACUGGGGGUGCUAUGAUUGCUGCAUAGACUGUAAUUACCUAUAGUUUUCCAACAGCCUUUUCUUGCAUGUCUACUUUACCUAAUGAACAAAGGCUAAAUAUAUUUUCUUAAAAAAUUCUGACCGUGAUAUUACUUUUUCAAGUGACUAUGAAUAUCCGAGUGAUGCUGUAAUUGCUUUAGAUAAUAAAGUAUGCAGAAUUUUGAA